AUGUGUCUCGAUCUUUAUGAGGGAUGGGAGGACCUUCAGGUGGCCUGGACUCUGGGUGAUGAAGGUGUGAUAGAGACCACUGCUGAAGCUUUUAUGUUCUACCUGCGUGCUCUUGAUGAUAUCCCUGAAGAGACUGCACACGUUCAUGCCAAGAAUUUCCACAAGAAGGUCCAUGCUUUGUUAGACCCCAUCACGCAUCUGUCCUGGUUAGUGUGGUGUGAAGAGCUGUUGUCCCCGGGGCAGGCUGCUAGCAUGCCCGGCACUUCUGCCAUGGAGGUUGAUGCUGAUGGAGAGCCCAAAGAUGACAAAUCUGUGCACCACUUCGACCAGGACAAACUGGCCGAUGAUGAAGAAGCUUCUGCUGAUGAUUCUUCACCUACUCCAUCUGCCAAGGCCAUUCGUCCAAGCUCCGCUCGGUGCCAAUCAUCUUGGCUGAGGAGAAGGCUGCCUCUGCUGCCACGAGACUCAAGAAAGGAGCCAGGCAAGAAAGAGCCAGCCCGUGCUAGCCAUAUAUUGAAAAUUCCACCAUGUCACUUCAAUCUGGUUACCCCUCACACCUUCAAGCGUGCUCACAUCGACGAUUCAGAGCCCAAGAGUGAGCACUUCCACAUGCUGCCUGAAGAGCCCGAAGUCACCACGUCAUCCAAGAUGAAGUCGUCAAAGGGCAAGAAGCGUGCGAAGGGUUCUGCUGUCACGUCCUUGUCAAAACUGGCCACCACUGAUGAGUUCCUGGCCACCAUCACUGCUGAACAUGAUGAGCUGCAGAUGUGCCUUUCUGUGACCAUGUCACAGUUUGAUCUUUUACUCCAAGAUUUGCAGAAGAUGAUCACAGACAACCACAAGUUCCUUGGUCGCAAGCAGCUAAAUCUGAGUGUCUCUCGCAGGAGGACUGGCACAGUGAUGCCUCUGGGCUUAGUCACAGCUUGUUUUUGUAUGCUGUAUCUCAUGUUCUGCUUCUCUGCACACAUGGAGCAAUGUACUCAUCAUCUCUGGUUGCAAAAUCUAUGUUGCUUGUUUGAAACCAUUGAUAUGACUUGA